UAUUUGAAAACGAAUUUUGAACUAAAUUUUAAAUAUUUAAAUCAUUGAAAUGCAUCUCGCUAUAGUUUUAACGAUUCUCUCCUUGGGUUUAUUCUGCUGCAUAAUGGGUGCUGAGGGAACACGUUGCAAUCGUGCUUGUACGCGUGAAUACAAUCCUGUCUGUGGGGUCCUACAAAGACCUGGUAGAAGGGUACAAUGUACUUUCUCAAAUCCUUGUACAAUGAGAGUACGCAGCUGCGUAGCAAAUGAACGAUGGGUUGGAAGAUCUGGAAUUUGCGCAAUAAAUUCACCUGAAUGUGAUAAAAUCAGAAGAUCAUAAACAUGUAAAAACCUGUGAAUAAUAGUUAAUUUUUUUAAGAAAAAUUAUAUCAUUAUAAAAUAACGAAAUGUGAUAUUGUCCAUUUAA